AUGUGGUGCCUCCUCAUGCUGCUCUGCUCUCAGGGAAUUGCCUUUUCAGCAGGAUUCUCAGCAGGAUUCUCAGCAGCCUCCAGUGGAGGUGUUGACACAAGUCGCUGCAAGCACCGCAACCCGGAAUGCUUCAUGAAUGUUAGUGAAAUUAUCAGAUAUCAUGGAUUCCCCAGCGAGGAAUAUGAAGUUCCAACAGAGGAUGGAUACAUUCUUGGUGUUUUCAGAAUUCCUUCUGGAAGGAACAGCCCCAAUACAGGGAAGAAGCCUGCAGUCUUGCUACAUCAUGGUUUUUUAUCAGAUUCUAUUCACUGGAUUGCCAACCUGCCCAACAACAGCUUGGGCUUCAUCCUUGCAGAUGCUGGCUAUGAUGUCUGGUUGGGAAACAGCCGAGGAGACACCUGGUCUUUAAAACAUAAGACCCUUAAGCCCUGCCAGAAAGAGUUCUGGCAGUUCAGCUUCGAUGAGAUAGGUAAAUACGAUAUUCCAGCAGAGCUGAACUUCAUCCUGAAUAAAACUGGACAGAAGGAUGUUUACUAUAUUGGUCACUCUGAAGGGUCAGCUGCAGGCUUCAUAGCACUUUCUACUUAUCCUGAUAUGCCUCAGAAGAUUAAAGCAGUCUUUGCUUUGGCACCAGUGACCACCAUCACACAUUCUACCAGUCCUAUGAUAACAAUUGCACUGCUUCCCCAGCCACUGAUCAGGUUACUGCUUGGCUGCAAAGGAGUUCUUCAAUACAGUGAGCUGAUGAAAGGACCUGUAACACGGUUCUGUGCAUGUCAGGGGAAAGUUUGUGGCAGUAUCUUCUGCUACCUGGCCGGGGGCAGGAUACAAAAUAUGAACACGAGUCGAACAGAUUCAUACUCGGGACAUUAUCCAGCUGGAACAUCGGUACAGAACGUUAUUCACUGGCAGCAGAUAAAACAUGCAGACCAAUUUCAAGCUUAUGACUACGGCUGUAAGGAAAACAUGAAGAAAUACAACCAGACUGCUCCUCCUGAGUACAAGAUAGAAGAGAUAAAGGUGCCAACUGCUGUUUGGAGUGGUGGACAGGACAAAUUUGCAGACCCAACAGACAUAGCAAGGCUUCUUCCUCGGAUCACUAAUCUCAUUUACCAUGAGCAUUUUCCUACAUGGGGACAUCUUGAUUUCCUCUGGGGCCUUGAUGCAACUGAGAAAAUGUAUCUGAAAAUCAUUGAACUACUGAAGAAAUAUGCUUAG